AUGGAAAGCAUUGAUUUGGUGUGCGGAAAUCUGGUCAAAGCAUUCACAGAUCAGGGAGACGACCCGGUCUCCUUGGUGACCAUCAUCGAAAUGUACAUUGAGCAGGUGGAUUCGGAAGGUACUAUAAAGGAAAAGGCUAAAUUCUUAGAAUGCCUAUUAAGCCAGCUACAAGCAAACCCAAAGAUUGUUGGUGAAAUCGGAUGGGAUUUGCCCAAAGGUCUGCUAUCAUUUUUAUCAGCAAAGAAUGUCAAUUAUCAUAGGAAACUAAGUACUGAGGUUCUAGUGACUCUGAUAAUGGCUUGUUUCAAUGAGAUUGCCCUUUUUGGAAACCCAAAAGAGUGCUUACUUGUUGGAACUCAGCUGCUUUCAGAACUGUCUGUGAUAGAUAUUGCCUUUAAUUUAGAGGAUGACAGGGAUAAGCAUAAGGAGUGUAAUGAUCAAAAUUCUGACAGUGAAAAUUUCAAUGGUGAAAAUACUAAUAGUUCCAGUCAAUCCACCGUCGACGACUUGACCCCAACUCAAAGUAGCAGGGAAGCUUUUACUAACGAAGAAAUACAACAAGAUCUCGACACCAGUAACAGUGACAAAAAUAUAGAGAGAAACCCAGCUGAGUUUUUCUUUGGGCUGCAAUCAUAUAUUCUUUUUGAACUAAUUCAGACUGUGUUAAGAAGAAUCUCCACUCUGUAUCCUUCAAAAUUUUUGGGUAUGGCAGUUUCGGCGAUUGUUAAAUACAUGAAAGUGAAUAUCGAGGAGCUUGAGGACACUAAUAUUGUGCUUCGUCGCGUUUAUACUCUGUGCAGAGUCUAUGUUCCCUCAAAUGCUCCUGGAGAUAUCAAAAAAGAUGGAAAGCUAUCUUCUCAAGAAUUGGAGAAAAUUCAAGAGGAUGAGUUGGCUUUGCAGAGAAAGCUCCUAUGCAGCCUCUGCACCUUUGGAAUUGGAUAUGCUCUCAAGACUGUACCACUUAGGUCAGAUAUUCAGUAUUAUUCCUCGUUGACAGGUGCUAGUUUAGAUCACCCACAAUUUUAUCAAAGUACAGCAGAGAUUUGUUUGAGGUACUUUCAAUUAGCCCUGUCUUUUGAUAUUGAUGUAAAAGAGUCUCUUUUGGAAUUCAUCAAGGAAACUCGAAAUAUUUACAGGUCUUUGCCUCCUGAUUCAUUAAUUGUCAAUGAAGAGGCAAGAAGUGCUAUUAGCCAAGUUAUUUAUCAGCUUUCUUAUACCUAUCAAUUACAAAAAUUAGCUAAAUGCAAAGAUUUGAUUUUGGAUUCGAACGGUGUUUUUAUUUUGUCAGCUUUGCAUCAAGAAGCUACUGGUAAGACACUUUUCCGCGAAAUUCGUAUUCAAGACGCUGUGUGCUUAUAUUUGAGAUGCACAACACCACAAUUGUUCUCAGAAGAAUAUACUAACCUUGCAGCAGAAACUGCCGCUCGAUAUUGGUUAUGGGUAGCCAUAACGAAUUCUUCUUUUAAGGAGAUGAAAGAUGGAUUAAAUGAAUUGCCAUCAUACUUGAAUACUGUCUUUUUGCAAAUGUACUUGAUGAGAAAUUGCAAUCAGGUUAACGAACAGAUGCGGAUGGUAAAUGUUACAUUAUUGACGCGAAUUUUGUGCCUGAUGCCAGAGGAAAUAUCGUUUUCUUUUGCCGUUGAUACUUUACUCACAUGUCCUUAUGCUCAUGCGAAACUGAUAAUUCUGGGAAUUUUAAAGGAUUUGAUGUUAAAAACCUGUCAGUGUAAAGAAGGCGUUACAAGCGAAAUGGAGAAAUUGAAUAUCAGUGCUAAAGGUGCGGAGCAAAAAGAAUCCAAUAUUUCACUGGCUCCUCCACCUCCACCUCCACGCCCAUAUAUACUAUUAAAUGAGCAUAGAAUGGCAUCCAUGCAUAGCCUCGCCAUGCUUGUUGUUCAAAAUGCUAAAAAAGAAGAUUCAGAAAAGGACGAUCUCAUUCUGUUAUUAACCUACAUCAAUUUCUUCAUUGCUCUCAAGAGUAAAUGGAAUUCUGGCCUGCUCACAGUCAUUCAUUCUGAAAUUCAGGAUGCCUUCGCUGCUAAAGAUGAUGAAACAAAGGAAGUAAAGCUCAUAAAAUUAUCUAAUGAUACACUUGGUGAGAAUCUAUAA